AUGGCCUCUGCCGGGAGCGGCGGCCGCGCCGCAUCGCGGGACGGGGAGGCCAACGGCGAGCCGGACCGCUCCUUGCAGCUGAUGCUGCGGGCGAUAGCGGAGGAGCGCAGCCGCACCGGCCUCCGCCACGAGAUCAGCGGCCUCGGGUGUUUCAAAGAUGACCGUAUCGUAUUCUGGACUUGGAUGUUUUCUACAUAUUUUAUGGAGAAAUGGGCCCCCCGGCAAGAUGAUAUGCUCUUCUAUGUCCGUCGAAAACUGUCCUAUGUUAGUGGUGAUAGUACAGAUGGGAAAAAGCAGGUUGAAGUUGAAGUUUAUCGAAGAGAUUCCAAGAAGCUUCCUGGGCUGGGAGAUCCUGACAUUGACUGGGAAGAGAGUGUCUACUUGAAUCUCAUUCUACAGAAGCUGGAUUAUGUGGUGACAUGUGCUGUGUGCACACGCUCCGAUGGAGGAGAUAUUCACAUUCACAAAAAGAAAUCUCAGCAAGUGUUUGCAUCUCCUAGUAAACACCCAAUGGAUAGCAAAGGAGAAGAGUCAAAGAUUAGCUAUCCCAACAUAUUCUUCAUGAUUGACAGUUUUGAAGAGGUUUUCAGUGACAUGACUGUGGGAGAAGGAGAAAUGGUCUGUGUGGAGCUGGUGGCCAGUGACAAAAGCAACACUUUCCAAGGGGUGAUUUUCCAGGGAUCCAUCCGCUAUGAAGCACUCAAGAAGGUCUAUGACAACAGGGUGAGUGUUGCAGCAAAGAUGGCUCAAAGAAUGUCCUUUGGCUUUUAUAAAUAUAACAACAUGGAGUUUGUCCGAAUGAAAGGGCCCCAAGGGAAAGGACAUGCAGAGAUGGCAGUGAGUAGAGUUCCUACUGGCGACACUUCACCUUAUGGAACUGAAGAAGAUUCAAAUCCAGACUCCCCAGUUCAUGAGAGACUCACGUCUUUCAGCACACCACCAACCCCAGAACGCAACAAUCGCCCAUCCUUUUUCUCCCCAUCUCUUAAGAGAAAAGUGCCCCGAAAUCGAAUUGCUGAGAUGAAAAAAUCCCACUCAGCGAAUGACAGUGAGGAGUUCUUCAGAGAUGAUGAUGGUGGAGAUCUGCACAAUGCAACAAAUCUGAGGUCACGUUCCUUAUCUGGAACAGGACGGUCUCUGGUGGGCUCGUGGCUGAAACUGAACAGAACAGAUGAAAAUUUUCUACUCUAUGCACACUUAACUUACAUCACUUUGCCAUUGCAUCGAAUUUUAACAGAUAUCCUGGAAGUGCGGCAGAAACCAAUUCUGAUGACAUAGCAGAGAGCGGGCACAGCCUUGGAGCCUUGUUGCCAAGUGCCUAACCUCAGCAGUUUUCUGUGCUAACACUACCAUCUAGUGUCAGGAACAUAAACCUCCGCAGAAAAAGGGAAGUCAAAGAAUACCAGCCGAUCAAAAGUGCCUCUUUCUUCCUUCCUCUGCUGUCAUACACCAUAUGCACACUUGCAGUACAUCACUUGAGUGUUUCCGACUGGAAGAGGACUUUCAACAAAACAAAAGAAGGGGCUGUGUCUGAAACGUGUCAUUGCUUUAUGAACAGUUUAUUACUAUGUUUACUUUAUAACUAAGAAACCAACAACGUGUACAGAAUGUGUUAAACUUUAUAUUCUUUGAAAGAAACAAUUUCAUAAUGAUGUA